GGCCGCCCCCCCGCCCGCUCCUCUCCGCGCCCGCCGUCGGUGCCGGUGAAGGCGGCGGUGGCGGUGCCGCCGGCUCCCGCCGCCCCCCUGGCCCCGGCCCCGCGUCCCUAUGGCCGGGCAGGAGUGGGACUGGUUCCAGCGCGAGGAGCUCAUCGGGCACAUCAGCGACAUCCGAGUGCAGAACCUCCAAGUUGAACGUGAAAAUGUACAGAAGAGAACCUUUACCAGAUGGAUAAACCUGCAUUUGGGAAAGUGCAAGCCUCCUUUGAAAGUGAAAGACUUGUUUAUUGAUAUACAAGAUGGCAAAAUCUUGAUGGCACUCCUGGAAGUCCUGUCAGGACAAAAGCUGAUGCAUGAAUACAAAUCUUCAACCCAUCGCAUUUUUCGUUUGAACAACAUAGCCAAGGCACUUAAGUUCCUGGAGGACAGUAAUGUAAAGCUUGUUAGCAUCGAUGCAGCAGAAAUAGCAGAUGGAAAUUCCUCUCUGGUACUUGGAYUAAUAUGGAAUAUAAUCUUGUUUUUUCAGAUUAAGGAGCUGACAGGCAACCUCAACAGGAACUCCUCCUCCUCCAGCCUGUCCUCUGGGCCCAGUGGUCCAGAAUCAGACACAUCCCCCAGCACUCCCAGCGUGGAGAGAAACAUGUCCAUUACAGUGAAGGAUCAGCGGAAAGCCAUCAGGGCCCUUCUAAUCUGGGUUCAGAGGAAAACCAGAAAGUAUGGCGUUGCAGUCCAGGACUUUACAAGCAGUUGGAGGAGUGGCCUUGCUUUCUUAGCCAUCAUAAAAGCCAUAGACUGUACUUUGGUAGACAUGAAGCAUGCACUGGACAAAUCAGCACGAGAAAACCUGGAGGAUGCUUUCAGCAUAGCACAGAAUAAACUCGGUGUUCCUCGGCUCCUCGAACCAGAAGAUAUCAUGGUGGAGUCACCCGAUGAACAGUCGAUUGUGACAUACGUGGCACAAUUUCUGGAGCACUUCCCAGAGCUGGAAGGGGAAGACUUUACAGAUCCUGCCAAGGAGCUUCCAAUUGAGUCCACGUAUGUCCACAUCAAAGACACACCAUCAGAAAAAGAAGGCAAAAUCUUGAUUUUAAGUGAAAGUGAAGAAAACAUGUAUACUGUUAAUCAUGAGAGGAGUUAUCCAGCUCCUCCAAAGGUCCAUAUUCAUGAUAUCUCUGAGAGAAUCCCAUCAGAAACAACUUCUGAAAAUUGUAAUGGGAAACUGAGUCAAGUGUUAGUUGAUUUAGAGGGAACGUCUGAAGAGGAGCCUCAAAGGCCUACCUCACUGAAAAUUACAGGAUCUGUCAGUUUUGAAUSCAAUUCUUCCUGGGAGGCUCUAAAKGAUAAAGUCACACCAGGUGAAGGGGGCCUCUCUGAUGAUCCACUGAAACAGAACGAUGACCUUUCUCCUGCUGUUCUGACAGAUCAGAAAAAUUCUGUUGACUCUUUUGAAGAAUACUCUGAAGAAUUAACUAAGGAAACCCCCACUGAAUAUGACAAUGAAACUAAAAGCCUUUCAGCCAAUACUUCUUCUUUGAGUCCGUUAUCCUGGACUUCAGGUAUACUCACAGAUGAUUCUAUUAAUAAAGUAGAAGAGAGCAAACCCCAGUCCUCAAUUCUUUUACCAGAAGAUACCUCAAAACAGGAAGAUACACAGAAGUAUGUUCUUCAUCUUCUAAAUGAGGAAAUGCAGCCAAUUCCACAAGAUGAACAUACAAAGGAAUCACAGGAAUCACCUGUCCUUGAGACAAUAGAAACUAACCCUUGUUCACUGAAUGGUUCUAAUCUCGAAUGCCAGGAACUAUCUACACAGCAUGAAAUAUCUGAUGACUCUCUCUCAGAUGUACCUAAAACUCCAGAGGACCUGGAAAGCUGUGAUGAAGUUGAGUCUGCAGCUGAAACGCUACCCAGUUCUUCAAAAGUAUCCGUGAUACCCCAUGAUCUCUUUUAUUAUCCACAUUAUAAUGUUCCCAUAUCAGCAGUUCUGAAUGCUUACCUGGAGCCUUGUAUCGAAGGUUAUGAUACUGGAAAUGAAAAGGAUUCUUCUGAAACUGUAACAGAAGUUACAGAAGUUGUACCUGACGAGAGCUUACCAGAACAGGACGACAAGGAAGAGGCUCCAGAGCCAGACUUGGAGAAUAAGCUAGGUACCCCUCCAUCUGAAACAGACUCUGAAAACAGCGAAGAGGAAACUACAARAACAAGCAGUCAUGUGAAUUCUUCUGAUGAAAAAGAAGUGCCAUUACUGGUAGAAGAUUUAGAAACAGAAGAAGAUGACAAUAAGGCCACCAACCAUCACGAUUCCACUAUUCCGCAACAUCCUGAGGCCAUAACAGAACAUCUAGAUGAUUUAUCAAUAGCCAUAAAGACACCAGAAGAAAAUAGUAAUAGGGAGGAGGAAGGGAAAAAUAUGAUCGAAGAUUUGCAGAGCUCAGAAGUUGCCACUACAACUCUAUCAGAAGAGAACCUGGAAGAAAAUGCUGAAUUCCAGGAAUUUAUCAGAAGCAAUGACAGUGAUGCCAACAUUCAUCUCCGAAAAAGGUUUUCUCGUAAUGCUUCUGAGGAGGAAACCUAUGAUGUAAAUGAGCAGAAGAUGACAGAUAUGGAUGAAAAUCCAUUAAUCAUUGGGAAGAAAAAGGACUUGGAAGAAAGCGAGACUCCAGCACCAGCUCACGAKAUUACAAUUUUUGAGCAGCCAGAGCUAUUCUACUUUUUCAUUUUCUUCUGGGUGCUGGUCUACUGCCUUUUACUCCUUCCACAGCUUCUUAGCAACAAAGCUUGAUCUGUGUGAGGGGUGGAAAAUAAAGGAUGGUGGCUGGA